GUGCAGUACAACAGUUUGGGUAUGAGACUGUGCCGGUACCAGACGUGUUAAACAGACAGACAGUGUAAUAGCAACAGGGUGGGACGUCCAAGGUCGACUCUGAGAUGGAGCGUGGCAAGGGACGCGGCGCUGCCAGACGAAAGAAAAGUCCGGAACCACAGUCUCCAGUUAGCAAGCGAGUGCGAACAGAGAGCAAUGUGAGCCCUAAGGCAUCGCCAGUACCAAAGCUCUCAGGUCAUCCGCUUAGACCUCGUAAGAAACCUGUACCUGAUAUUGUCCUUCGCAGCCGCACUAAUAAUCAGGUGAAAAUCCACGAGGAUUACACAUGUAUGCUUUACAAGACAGAAAAGGACGGAACCAAGUUCUGCCUCCUGCAGGUGGCUUGUUUCAAAGAAAAAUAUGUCUUCUUUAUGCGAUCAGGACUCAAGGGAGAAGAUGGGAAGUGGCAUGCUGCCCGAGAACCUAACGUGAAGGAGGCGAUGAAGUCUUUCAAAAAAAUGUUCCGAGAGAAAACGGGGGUUGGCUGGAAUACGAGGGACAGUUUUGUUGCCCAGCCCGGAAAGUAUAUCCUGGCUGAAAAAGAUGAAGAUGAUGGUGAGAAGGAAGAAAUCUCAGAUGAUGAAGGUGGACAGAGUGCCGAAGAAGAAGAGAUUCAACCACUUGAUGAACGGACAGAACUUAUGGUGAAACUGAUUCUUGACAGGGACAUGUUUUUGGACCAACUUGCAGUCUUAAAGCUCG